CGAAGCCUCAUGAAGCAGUGCUUCGAAAGCGACCAUCACUAUCAUAAAUCUGGAUUCAAAAAACAGGAGGUCAGGAGAACUGCUAGAAAUUCGAUUUAAAGAACGGAUACUUAACACAGGUUAGUGGACUGAAUGGAUUUUAAUGCUAAGGAAUUGGAAGAAACAUCAUCAGUGUCAGGAACAUCAUUCCAUAAUGGCAGAAAUAUCUUCUGGUGGUUUGCAGAAGAAAAAUACUUCAUGUCCAAAAAGAAAGCCAGGAACAGAAGACAGCAAAUCUUUUACUUGCCCUCACUGUGAAAAGGGAUUUGCAAGAAAAGGAUACCUUGUGGAUCACAUGAGAGUUCACACUGGAGAGUCCCCACACACAUGUCUUCAGUGUGGAAAAAGUUUCACUCAAAAAAACGGCCUUGAUGCCCACAUGAAAAUUCACACUGGAGAGCGGCCAUACCCAUGUCUUCAGUGUGGAAAGAGAUUCGGACUGAAAGGAAAUCUUACAGAUCACAUAAAAAUUCACACUGGAGUGCGUCCAUACCCAUGUCCUCAGUGUGGAAAAAGAUUCAGACGGAAAGGAUAUCUUACAAAUCACAUAACAAUUCACACUGGAGAGGGUCCAUACAUGUGUCUACAGUGUGGAAAGAGUUUUAUGACGCAGGGACAUCUUACAGAUCACAUGAAGAUUCAUACUGGAGAGCGCCCUUACCAAUGUCUUCAGUGUGAAAAGAGAUUCACAAAGAAAUGUUGCCUUGAUAUUCACAUGAGAAUUCACACUGGAGAGCGCCCAUACACAUGUACUGAGUGUGAAAAAAGCUUCAUGACGAAAGGAAGUCUUAAAGAGCAUACUAAAAUUCACACUGGAGAGCGCCCUUACAAAUGUCUUCAGUGUGAAAAGAGUUUCGGCACUAAAAAAACCCUUACAGAGCACAUAAGACUUCACACUGGAGAGCGGCCAUACCCAUGUCCUCAGUGUGAAAAGAGUUUUCCUCAAAAAAGUAGCCUUAAUGCCCAUGUGAGAGUUCACACUGGAGAGCGCCAACACCCAUGUCCUCAGUGUGGAAAGAGUUUCACAACGAAAAGACAUCUUAUUAAUCACAUGAGGAUUCACACUGGAGAGCGCCCAUACCCAUGCCCUCACUGUGAAAAAAGUUUUGUAGUAAAAAUACAUCUUACAAACCACAUAAGAAUUCACACUGGAGAGCGGCCAUACCAAUGUCCUCAGUGUGAAAAGAGUUUUGUUCAAAAAAGUAGCCUUAAUGGCCACAUGAGAGUUCACACUGGAGAGCGGCCAUACCAAUGUCCUCAGUGUGAAAAGAGUUUCAAACAGAGCGGGCAUCUUAAAGAUCACAUGAGUGUCCACAUUGGAGAGCGCCUAUACAUGUGUCUUCAGUGUGGAAAGAGUUUUGGACAUCCAAAAUCCCUUGUGAAUCACAUAAGAAUUAAGAAAGGAGAGUGCACAUCCACAUGUCUUUAAUGUGGAAAGGUCACACUGAACACAGGGAAUCAAACCCAACAAUUUGUAAAUAGCGGUUUGGUGUUUUCAUUCUUUAAAUGUUUUUUAUCACAUUAUGAUAUGUGCGUGUCUUCAGUCAGGGUUUCCGCAGGGUCUUAAAAAGUCUAACAUUUCAAAAUCAAAAUGUAAGGCCCUAUGAAGUCUUAAGUUCUAGGUCUUAAAUCAUUUUAAACAGGUCUUAUUUUUUCUUUGUCCAUGUAACAUCUACAUCUAUUGCUGAUUAAAAUGCUUCUGCAGUGUGUUAGAAUGUUUUUUUAAUUUCUUUUGCUCGUCCCUGCUUAUGUGUUUAACCGCAUUGAUAGUUUAAACGUCAUUUGUGUUAUUAUGGUUAUAAACUUACAUGAACUGCCGCCAGCUAAAAGAUGACAAAUGUACAUAUUUAACUAUUAUAUAAGAAUUUAUUGGUGCGGUAUCACAGAAAAUCCCACUGCUCGAUUAUCCUGUUCAUCCAGCCAAUGUCUCAUCAAUUUUAUUAUUUCUAUUUUUGCCAUAAAAGAUAUCACUCAUUGUUUUGUCUCAAGAUGCACACCAGUGAAAUGUUGUUUCAUAAAACCAUGUUAUUAUUUUACCCACUUAGGUCUAUUUUUAUUACCAAAAUAUCU